CAGCUUUGUUUGAGUUCAGUGAUUGCGGCAGCGGACAGGCGGUCCUCUGACUGCCGCAGACACCGACGACAAGCCGAGCCAAAUGAACGCACUCAUUUCACCUGGACAUGACAGCGCCGUAAUGAUGCAGUAUUUCGAAACACAAUCCUCAACAGACAUGGAUACCGUUCACAGGAAAAUAUUACAAAAGUGAAAAGCUGUUACCGCGAGCUCUAUUUUGUACUGAAUUGGAGUGGAUCGUUAGCUUAGCUGGCUAGCACAUAGAUUUAUAGUCACUGCUCCGGGGUGCUGUUUGCCCGUUGCCGUACAACAGAGAUGGGAAUCAUUUUCACGAAGUUAUGGAGGCUUUUUAACCAUCAAGAGCACAAAGUCAUUAUUGUUGGACUGGACAAUGCAGGAAAGACCACCAUCCUUUACCAGUUCUCUAUGAAUGAGGUGGUCCACACUUCACCAACUAUAGGAAGCAAUGUGGAAGAGAUUGUGGUCAAUAACACACAUUUCCUUAUGUGGGACAUUGGAGGACAAGAAUCACUGCGUUCCUCUUGGAACACUUAUUACACUAAUACAGAGUUUGUGAUCGUGGUGGUGGACAGCACAGACAGAGAGCGAAUCUCAGUGACCAAAGAGGAGCUCUACAGGAUGUUAGCCCAUGAAGAUCUGAAAAAAGCUGGUUUGUUGAUUUUUGCCAACAAGCAAGAUGUGAAGAGUUGUAUGACUGUUGCUGAGAUUUCCCAGAGUUUACAGCUUACCUCUGUCAAAGACCAUCAGUGGCACAUCCAGGCCUGUUGUGCACUCACUGGGGAGGGGCUCUGCCAGGGUCUAGAAUGGAUGAUGUCACGGCUACGAGUAAGAUGACCUCUGACUUCAGAUAGCAUUGUGCUCUCUCUCUUUCCCACCAGGCGUGGAGGCCGGUUGUCACUUACUGUGAAGGUGACUCGGCAACGUCACCAGAACUUGUUUCAUUAAUUUAUUACAGAUCAUUGAGAACUGUGAACAAAAAAUCUGCAACUAACUUACUAAAUUAUGUCAAGACUUGCAAGACAGCAUAAACCCAAGUGUUUUUCUAUACGGAUGGCAUGGAGUUUAAUAGGGUGGUACAGACCUUGGUCUAAAAGGACUUGUCUCUAGCUGAGUGGAUCCCUGCUUGGAGUGGCCUUGCAGCUUUUCCCAACUACCUGACAUGGUGUUGCCCCAUGUGUACAGUCCAGUAUUUUCAUUAACCUUGUGCCUGCACCUGACAUUCUGUCUCCACUGGGCUAAGGAGACAAGAUACCAUGCAAGGGGGGCCUGCACUCAUGUAAAAUACAGUUAAAUAAAGUGUUUUUAUCUGUCAUGACAGAGGUUUCACAUUUUUAUUCUCUACAGAUUUUCUUAUUACAGCUUAAUAAAGCUUGAUCUGAAUUUUAAGAAUAAUUUGCAGAAAAAUUCACAAUGUUGAAUUGUUUCAUUUCAUAUCUUUGUUUUUUACCUCUAGGGGGCGACACAUUGUUUGCAUAGACAACUUCUGAAAUCAGUUUAACAUGAAAGGAAUAGCUGAUAUGUGUCUGGAUAAGAGUUCUGUAAGAAACCAGGACACUCAUCAGGGCUGAAUAAAGUUAAUAU